CACACACAGACACACACACUCUCUCUCUCUCUCUCUCUCUGAACUGUUCAUGCAGCAGAAGUUCUGGCUGAAGAUUCUCCUGGAGUGCUCAAAUGAUGAAGGACUCUACAGCAGCAGACAGCGCCACCAGCAACGACUACCAUGAUGACUUCGACAACACGGACACCAGAGCGUUCUGGAGGAAAGAAGCUGUGUCCAGGUUUACUGCAGUGCGUCCUGGUGGACAGUCUCGCUGGUCCUUCUGUGUGUUGGGUGUUUCAGCAGUUGUUCUUCUGAUCCUCAUCAUCUCCAUCUCUGUUACCAAAGUGCAAGUGGACAGGAAGUUGUCUGCUGUGGAGAGAGACAUCAGCAACCUGACUCAGAAUCUGCUGUCAAUCACCUCCAGAAUCCAACAACUGGACAAAAAUGGUGAGGCUGUUCAGCAGAAGCUCAGUGAGAUGCUGCAGAACCUGAACGUGCUGCAGGUCCAGGCUCAGGACAUGUCUGCUGAUGUGCAAAGCAAUCGAGAGUUUGCAUCUCAAUUGAAGUGUGUUUUCAACAAAUUCAAGAACAACGACACGCAGGAUCAUUGCUGCCCACUGGACUGGACUCCUUUCUCUUCCCACUGCUAUUAUUUUUCCGAUUAUGGGAUGUCGUGGCACCAAGCUCAGGACAAGUGUGAGAGCAUGAAAGCAGAACUUCUGAUCCUGAAGAGCAAAGAGGAAAAGGAGUUUGUGGUCCAGCGAACAAAGCCCCAUUAUUAUUGGCUGGGUCUGAGUGAUGAGAGAACCGGGCAGUGGGAGUGGCUGGACGGAACACCCUUUGCGAUAGUCAGGAGUGAGUGGAUGCCCGGUCAGCCUGAUGAUUGGACGGCUCAUGGUCUGGGAGGAGGAGAAGACUGUGCUCAUUUCCACAGAGAUGGACGAUAUAAUGAUGAUCACUGCUCUCGAGAUUACAGAUUCGUCUGUAAAGCGCACUCACUCACCAUUCAAUAACACACACACUAUUCACUAACACACACACUAUUCAAUAACACACUCACCAUUCACUAACACACACACCAUUCACUAACACACU